GUUUAAAUGUAAACCUCCAUGAUAUGAUUCACGUCUUUAUCUAAACUAGGAAGUCUGAAGCACAUUUCUUGAAAGUCUCAGUCGCCAUGGACGGUCUUACGAUCCGAUGGGCUGUACAGUGUUUUGUGAUCACUGGAUGUGUAUUGCAAUUGUCAAACGGCGCAACAACCUUAUGGUUAAAUGGUGAUGGUUCUCCAGGUGGAACUUUAUUCUAUAAGAUAGAAAGAGUCCUGGAAUCCUGCGUUCAGGAAACUAUUCUAGGAUCAAUUAAGGAAGUGAGUGAUUCGCUCAAUCCGAAUGGGGCACCAUGUAUUACGUUUAAGGAAACAGACGGCCAAAUUAUACAGGGAAUGCAGGGCUACGUUUAUUUCAGAUAUUCCAGUGAAAGUUGUGAAUACAUGACAAACGUACAGAACCCUGGUAUACCACCUUCGUCGAUUAGUUUUGCCACACUGACAAUCAAAGUAAACAAGGGCUGCAUUGAACGUACAAAGCUAGUGUACAUCCUCACCAGAAUCCUAGGAUUACCAGACGAACACACCAGGCCCGACAGAGAUAACUUCCUGAAAGUACAUUGGGAUAAUAUCAACAAAGAUACCAUCAAAAGCGGUUAUUACAAUACAUCAUCACGUGAUUUAUGGAAAAGAAUCAACAACUUCCCGUAUGAUUUCACCUCUGUUACUCACGCUGGACCAUUCGAACACGCAGUAGAUAUUAGGAAGCCCACUUUGUCGUCUAUUUACUCGGGAGUACACUUUGGAGAUCGUCAAAAUCUCAGCACCAUCGAUAUUCAGAAACUUAGAAGUCUCUAUGAGUGUCCAGCUCUAAAUUCCCACGGUGUGAUGGAGUAUCGUCCGAUUCGUUGCACAUUUGAUCUCCCCCUCUGUGGUCUGGUGAAUGACUGGACAAUGACCGGCGUCAAGUGGACAAAAAGAAAAGGACCUGUGUCUGAGGAGGGGCCACAGACUGACCACUCCAACGGUGACGGCUGGUACAUGUUUGUCAAUGGUACAGCAUCGUCCGACACACCCCGUCUGGUCAGCAUCUCCGAGGUGUCUCCGGGACCCGUAUGUAUCUCCCUAUACUACUAUUCAGAGAACAACUCCACGUCUCUUACAAUUUCUCGGAAAGAUUCGAUCAGCGGGAAGGUCACGAUUGUAAAAGAAAUACACAGCGAUGGAGAAACCUCUUGGUCAGAAGCGAAGCUUACAACUCACCCAACAACAAGAUGGCGGCUGUUGAUACAAGCAGAUGUUCAGCAUAAUGGUGGAGUGGCAAUUGAUGAUGUCAUGGUGCAAUAUGGAGGUUGCCUAAAUGAGUGUUCAAAAUGCUGUCAUUUUACUUAAGCCGUGUUCUUUCAUUUAAAUAAAAUUGGUUACCCUCA